UGUUCCAACAUUGCCAGCAGUCGCUAUGGAAGCGGUGAGUUAGUGCAUUUCGUGUAGUGGAACUUUAUCGUGAAUUUAUAUUAGAUACUGUUUUUUUUUUACACACUAGUUGUACCGUUACAAACUUAGAUUAAAAAAAAAAUGCCGAAAAAGAAACCGUUUAGCGUCAAACAAAAGAAGAAACAGUUACAAGAUAAACGAGAGAGGAAAAGAGGUCCACCUGAUGAGGUGCGCGCUGGGUCCAACAGCCGCAGCGGCAGCAUGGAGAGGCAUCGCGAGGAGCACACAGACACAUCCGACAGCGAGUCUAUGUCCCUCCAGGUCAGGAGAAUAAACCAGCAGCCUGGCCCCCGCCGGCCAGGGGAGCGAGGCUACGACCCCAACAGGUACCGGAUACACUUUGAGCGAGAGAGCAAGGAGGAGGUUGAGCGCAGGAAGAAGGUUUCCCGGGAGAAGGUGUUGGAGCCAGUCCGGGAUUUGGAGCUGGAGAUUGACAUUGAUGACAUCUAUAAACCAGGCACCGUGCUGGACUUCCCGAAGAGACCCCCUUGGGAUUACACGAUGUCGAAGGAGAAGCUGCUGCAGAUUGAGGAGAAGUCUUUCAGGGAGUACCUGGAGCAGGUCUACAGCCAGUACAAGCCCACACAGCUUAGCUACUUCGAACACAACCUGGAGACGUGGAGACAGCUGUGGAGAGUGCUGGAGAUGUCGGAUGUGUUGCUUCUCAUUACAGACAUCAGACACCCGGUCCUCCACUUUUCCCCUGCACUCUAUGACUAUGUUACCGUGGAGAUGAAGAAGAGCCUCAUUCUGGUGCUGAAUAAGAUCGAUCUGGCCCCGCCUGCUCUGGUGGUUGCCUGGCGACAGUAUUUCCAGCAGCGGUUUCCAGAGGUCCUUAUAGUCUGCUUCACCUCCUUUCCACAGAACAGAGGAGAGGGGAGGGACCCAGAGGAUGUGUUCAAGAAGCGCAGGAGGAGGAGAAGAGGGGGCUUGGCAGGAGCAAUGGGACCGAAGCAGCUACUCAAGGCAUGUGAGGCUGUCACUGCUGGCAAAGUGGACCUGAGCAGCUGGCAGGAGAAGAUGGAGCGGGAUACAGUGGCAGCGAGCGCCAAGAGUGGGGGACUGGCUUCAGAGGGGGAGGAGGAUGAGGAGAUGGUGCUAGUGGAACACCACAGUGACGUUGCCAUGGAGAUGGGAAUCCCCUCUCAGGAGCUUUUCAAAGAUGGGGUCCUUACUCUGGGCUGCGUGGGGUUCCCUAACGUAGGAAAGUCUUCUCUGAUCAAUGGGCUGGUGGGCCGGAAGGUGGUGAGCGUGUCCCGGACCCCCGGUCACACCAAGUACUUCCAGACCUAUUUCCUGACCCCGACCGUCAAGCUGUGCGACUGCCCAGGACUCAUCUUCCCCUCCCUCGUCCACAGACAGCAACAGAUCUUGGCUGGGAUUUACCCCAUCGCUCAGAUCCAGGAGCCGUACACUUCAGUGGGGUACCUGGCAGAGAGGAUCCCCAUCCAGGAACUGCUGAAGCUAAAGCACCCGGACGCUGAGGAGAGCCGAUUGAAGGAGCGGGAGGCGCCUCCGUGGACUGCCUGGGACAUCUGUGAAGCCUGGGCGGAAAAGAGAGGCUACAAGACGGCGAAGGCGGCUCGCAAUGACGUCUACCGGGCUGCUAAUAGCGUGUUGAGGCUGGCUGCGGACGGAAGGCUGUGUCUGUGUAUGAGACCACCGGGGUACGCACUGCAGAAAGCGCACUGGGAGCAGCACCCUGAGACAGUAGAGAUCACCGCCCUACAGGCCGCUCAGAGGCAUGACAGCCGGGCAACCUCAGAGGAGGAAGAGGAAGAGAUCUCCAGCUCGGAGCAGGAGGAGGACGAGAAAGACAGAGAUGCAGAUGAAGAGGAGGAGGAGGAAGAAGAGGAGGGGCCAAAGGAGGAAGGGACCUCUUUCAAGAAGGCGCCAAAGAACAAAAUUCUUAGCUCCAAUAUGUUCUCACUGCUGGGAGACGAUGACGAGUGUACUUGAUUCCCCGCUACAAAUUUCUAAUGGCUUCUGGUUGAUGGUGCGCUAGCAUGCAGUGCAGUGCGUUUUUACCCCUCUCCCAUCUCUUUUGACAACUGGGCCACCCAGGCUCAUGAAUAAUAAUGCAGCGGCACAUUUUGGGGUUACAUUUGACCAGUUUGGCAGAGAAAAAUGGGGACUGAUGGGGGGGUGUAGUUUCUCUAAUGCAAGAUUGCUUGCUUCACUGCAAAGCUUCAGUAAAAUUGAAAACGUUUGGAUAUUAAAAUACAUCAGAUGCAUAAGUAAAAAGCUGGCAGUUCUCCCUGGUAAACUAGAUGUUGAAAUAGCAAGCAAGUGAAUAGAAAAGGAGGUAGAAGAGGUAACUAUUAGGCUGUAAUCCUUGUGACCUGUCAGUAGACUGCUUCAAUACGCUGGUUUAAAAUGACAGCUGUGCUGUUUUAUUUUAUUGUAAGGUUGCUUUAGAAACUAGUCCGAUGGGCAUGUUUAAUCACACAAGCGGAGAUAAUAACUGAGAAUAAGUGUCAAAACCAGUGGCUUACUGUCCCUUAUUGAAAGUAGAAAAAGUCAUUAAAAAAAAAAAAAAAAAAAAAAACACCACAUGUGUUUUAGCAAAGCUUGUCUAUAUAACCUGUUAUACGGUAUCCUGGUUCCCUGUGCCUUAUUAUCUACUUCUAAAGUCUCUUGGCUAAUCUGCAAUGAUGGAGGUAUUAAUGAGAGAGAGAGACAGCAAUACAAUUCUGUAUGUAGGGUUGCCCCAUGAUGUUUUCCACAUCCAGGCUCUCUAUGUACUGCCGAUUUCACAAAACAUUUGAACUAACUAGCAUCUGUACUGUAUAACAGAAAAGGCAGUUCCAGAUUAGUCUCGCCCAACAUGCUAAACAGCACAUAAGCCUUGUACACCCGUCAUCGGUGUUCUAAACAGGGUCUAGAACAACGUUCUAGACACUGCUGGAAUAUGGAUUUAGAAAUAAUCACGGGGCCCUCUGAUAAAAGGUAGUUUAUUGUCCCCUUGCUUAAAAAUAAGUUAGUUCUGGGACAAUCCUAAUUAAACUUGAUUAAGGGAGUCUCCCCUUACUUCAGCAGUCUUUCUCCAGAUUACAGCAUUGCCGGUUUGGAUCCUGCCUCUUCUACCUGGUUAAUAAAUAGGUGGGUGAAAAUUUAAAUUGAGAACAUUUCUUCUCGUGCUGAUGUCAUGUAGGGGUUCCUUAUUUUUUUUAGCGCUUUACAUUAUUACCAUGAACCUGGGGUGACUGAAAGUUUGGAAAGAGACAUCCUCCAAUCAGAUCACUUUAGACCUGUUGUGUUCAGCCCCUGCUUGCUUCUCUUGGAGAACUCCAAAAGAAUAUAGUAUUCUGAACAGCACUGCUGCCCAUUGGCCGCGGAUUGUAAUUACUUUUUGGAACAAACAAACAAACCAGUCCUUCAGCUGCUGCCCUUUGUGCAUGGAACCUGUACUUAGAACUAAAGUCUUUCUGGGGAGGGAAGAAAGGAAAUCUUACUCCUGCUCCUUCUUUAUGCUGUUUCAAGAUGUAAUUCUCAGACGGGUGCUAUUCCUGUUUGCCCUUGGUUUUGACAGUAUCAAUGUAAAGGGUACUAAUCUGAAAUUUGGUAAAUAAAACACUACCAUAUUUGAUAGCACUUAAUGCCAUGUGAUAUAAGUAUGAAUAUCACAAAGCAAGUGGCAUGGGCCAUAUAUUUAUACAAAUAAUCCCUUAUGCACUUUUCAAUGAUUUUCAUCAUUUGGCUUGUUUUACCAGUACAUUCAUACCCUCGCCGCCUUGAAAUCUGGUCACAACUUUAGACUGGGAAAGCAUCCGAAAAUGCUGCAACCAAGUAGAGUCAAGCAUAAUUUUAUGUUGGAAGAAACCAAUGAGGGCGUAAUGAGUCUAGCCACUGUGUUCUCGCGAUACUGUAUUCAUUUUACAGCUAUGGCCAAAUGUUUUGCAUCACCUAGAAUUAUAGGAUUGAGACAUCAUUAAAAAAAAUUAAACAAAAUGAACAUAAUUUAGCUCUUAUUUAUCAUGUAAUCAAACAAACUACAAAAUGAUAUUGUGAUGGUAGUACAGUAUUUCAUGUUAAUUUUGAAAUGUCUUUUUUUUUUUGGUAAGUAUAUGGAAAACUACAAAGCACUAUGUAUUUCAAUAUGUUAACGUAACAUUAUUCAGCAGGUUUCAUUCGACUUUUUAGUUCCUUUAGACAUUCUAUAGGGGGAUGCAAAACUUUUGGUGAUGGCAAAUCUCCUGGUUAAAUAAAGAAUCAAUUUUUAGAACUGCACAUUGCUUGGUGAUCAAGAAAGAGCAGGGAAAUGGAUUUAAAACCUUGUCAUCCAUACUUAUAAUCUGUGAAUCUCGAUACCCUCCUCCUCUUUAUAGUUUAAGUUCAUUCCAGAUUUGCAUUUUGAAGCGUGCAUUCCAAAACCUCUAUUCCAGAACUGUACUUGUUUGUACAUUCAAUAAAGAGACUAUUUACUUGG